AUGGCUACCCGCGAGUUCAGCCUCUCAUUUGAAGUCGCCCCACCAGCCUCCGUGCGCCCUAGCCAACCUUUCACUCUCCCCGUGACAGUGUCGGUGCGCCCAAUCGGCACACCAUCUCAAAGUGUACAUGCCCUCGUGCUCAAUGCCUCACUACGAAAUGAAGCUGGCACUGGCGCCGCGACAGGGCUUACUGGUAGCCUGACAACAAGUGUUUGCGACAGUGCAAUGAGCGGCUCUGCGAAGUUCACUAGUCUAGCUAUCUCGACACCGGGCAAGUACCGAUUGCGCGUGAUGCUAGCCACAGCCUCGCCAAAUGGUAUCGUUACCAAAGAAUUUGUUGAUUCUGGAAUUAUUACUGUGGCAUAA